GGUAUUACAAAUUAGUGUACCUGAACAGCGAUUUAUUAGAACACGUCCAUGUCAGAUAGCAUAUACUUACAGAAAAUCAACAGUAUCAUUGAAAAGAAAACUUAACAUUAUUUGAGAGCCACAGUCGAUAAUACAGCGAUUUAUUAGAACACGUCCAUGUCAGAUAGCAGAAUAAAGAACAAUGAGCCAAGCCAUACUUCUUUUUGUAGCAGUUGCAUUAUCUGUGUGCUCCUGUCGAGCAGGUGUAAUCAAAGAUGGUGUGGAAUUCCAGUCCAGUAUUGUGAUUUGUCCUAAGCCGAGUGACCCAAAUAACCAAUUACAAGUCGACGUAGAACUCAAUGAGCCCGGUCAUUGGGGGGCAAUAGAACGAACAUAUAGCUACCCAGAAUCUGGGUUCUUUCUAAACCCAAUCACCUGUAUUCUGAUACAAGAUUUGUCCGCAGACGGCAAAGGUGGCACCGUUUCAGUUUUAGACGGAGGACUUUACUCAAAAAGGUUAACAAUUAAACUAAGAUCAUUAUCUGGACAUGGACUACACUACAAGAUUCAAAUAUAUACUUUAUAAAUAAUGAGGUAAAUAAAUAUAUCUUGUUAA